CUAAAAGAAAACAUAAACAAUUUAAACAAUUAUUAUUGGUAACAUUUACAAAGUCCAGAUAGGUUGAAGUGACAUUUUUAAAAUGUGAAUUCAUAAUAUUUAAAAGAAAAAAGCAGUAAAAACAAAGAUUAACUGUCCUAGAUAACAAAAGAGCUAAGCAGAAAAAGAAAAGGAGCACCAGAGCAUCCUUUGGAGUUUUCGGAUUAGAACGAUAUGGUCCAACUUGACCUAGACAAAUCGACACAAUGUGCCGUUUAUGAUCAGACACCAGAUUCAGAGCAAAAAAAGAUCAAUAUCAUUGUGCGCCCAUCUCAUACAGUUGCGAAAGUGAUUGAUAAUAUCAAAACGCAAUAUCGUUACGACAACUUCGAACUAGUCUUACAACCCAUAUCCGGCGAAGAUUUGGUUUACUUAAAUGACCGUCAAACGGCAUUGAUUUAUGACGUGGAUGGUUUUGAACCGCAAGCAAAGAACUCUCUUGUCCUAAUACCCGCCGGCCAAUGGAAUGGCGAUGUAACGGCGCGAUAUGAAUUGCCAAGACCCAAAAAAGUAUCGUUAACAAAUGGUAGUGCCACUGCCGUCGCCGCCGCCGCCGCCGCCAAAAGAACAUCCCCUGUGAAAACGUCUUUAACACCGUUGGGCGAGGACACAGUUGACGCGUCUGUGGCAACAAGAGUAACGACGAACUCAAUCAAAACUCGCAAGUCAUUGUCAUCGCUGAAAUCGUCGUCGAUGACCACACAUGAGUCGUCAACAUCAAUAAUUGAAAACUCUUCAGAACUAAAAUCGUUCAGUAGCAAACGGGCCGAGUCCCUAUCCCAGUCAUUUUUCCACUCAGUGGCAGAUGAAACUGCCGCUUUAAAUGUGCAACAAUUUACCAAUAAUGUCAAUGACUCAUUUCUAAGUAAUGGUAGUGUCGACAACAGCAAGAGAUCAUCGCCCUUUAAGUCGUCUUUAACAACGCCAAGCGAAGACACAAUCGAUUCUGCACUUGGUCCAAGGUUGGCUUCAUUCAAAUCAAGAAACGUUUUAUCACCCUCCCGAACGUCUAUAAUAUCAUCAGGCGAAGAUAGCAUCGAUGCCGUCUUUGCAUCAUCCAGAGUAACAUCCAUUAAAUCGCGUAGAGUAUUGUCUACAGUCAAAGCAUCUUUGGACUCGGAAGAGUCAACUUCAAGUAUAACAUCAUUUUUUGAGAGUGCAAGGCAGGAAAACCUGUUGGCAAAUCAACAAACUGAGCAAAAAUCCCAGACGUUCGUUAAGGCAACUGUGGAAGAAGCAUCUUCCCCAGCUGCAACUAUUGCAAAGCCACCAAUAACAAAUGAUAGUGCUCCCAUAAGAAAAUUUCCCAUGAAAACAUCUCUAACAUCUGCAGGCGAAGAUACCAUUGAUUCAGCUAUUGCUUCCAAGCUAACGUCUGCUACCACUGAGAAGCUAUUUUCCACUAUAAAAUCAUCUUUAAUCGCACAAGAAUCGAAAUCCACCAUAACAUCGAUUGUUGAAAACGGAACAGAAAUACAGUCGGUAGAGUGUCAGCAGGCUGAGGCCAAAGCACAAACAAUUGUUCACUCUGUGUCUGAAGAGGAGGAACCUCUCGCACAUAUAACCCAGCAAACAUUUGCAGCUAACGAAUCAAAAAUUACAAAAUCUUUAGCUACACAGCAGGAGACAGGGGAAGUAGCUGAAGUGGUUGAAAUGUCAUCAUCAUCAUCAUCCUCGGCAGCACAAUCUUCCUCCUCCCUUGCCAUGGAGUCUGUGUCCGAGGCAGUGCAAGCUAUAUCCACUAAAGUCAAAAAGGUAUCAUCAUCAGUGAAGAGCAAGGUGAGUGAUGAAUCUGGCGUUUCGGAGCAGCUGGCUUCCACCACAGUAGUAAAGAAAGCAACGAAAUCAAAACUUACAACGGAAUCUGGGUCCGAAGUGGCCACAUCAACGACAAAAAAAACUGUAGUAAAAAAAUCUUCACCAUCGAAAUCGAAAACCGCUGUGGCUGAAGAUGGGACCGCAACUACAUCGACGGUUGUUAAAAAAACUGUUGUAAAGAAGAAGACGAGCACACCAUCAAAGUCAGCCAAGUUGUUGAGUUCAAAAAGUGGUAGUGAAGCAACGACACCAUUGGAAAAUGCAGCUCAGCAAGAAACGGCCCCUGUUACCGAACCAGUGGCUGCUCUAACGGAAGCAGCGGUGGCAAGUAUACCCGAGCCAGAAUCAACCAAAGUCAAAGAGGUUAAAGAGUCUUCAGUGCAAGCAACACCUCCUCCACCUCCGCCGCCACCACCACCACCACCACCUGCUCCAUUCAUGAUUAAUGCUGCCCUUAAAGGCUCAGCCAAAAAGAAAACCUCAAAAAGGAAUGUCUCAUCCUAUGUGGCUAGCACUAAUGGAUUCGAUAAUAUCAAUCAGAAUGAUGGCGGUUUAUCUCCCCCCUCGUCCAUGACAACAGUGACAAAUGCCACAAAUUCAGAUUCUUUGAAUUUGAGUCCCAUGUCAGAACCAUUGUCUGAUGAUGAUCUGGCACUGGGCGCAUCAGCUAGUCCCACCGCCGAAACGGAUCCUUGCGGUGCCGCCGGUGCUACCAGCGACUUAUCAUUGGAUCCAGCAUCUUCAUCCAACUACAAGAUGCUGUUUCACAACGAAAGUAUGGCGCCACACAAACUACGAACACCCAUGGAACCCAUUGCUGCUAUUGCUGCAGCCCCACCCACUAACAAUGGCUAUGUAGGCCUUGUGAAUCAGGCCAUGACCUGCUAUUUGAACAGUCUCUUGCAAGCGUUGUAUAUGACGCCAGAAUUUCGCAAUGCCCUGUAUCGCUGGGAGUUUGACAAUGACAACGAAGCCAGCAAUAUACCAUACCAGCUGCAGAAAUUGUUUCUCAAUUUACAAACAUCGAAGAAAUCCGCUGUGGAAACUACUGAUCUAACCCGAAGUUUUGGCUGGAAUUCCUCAGAAGCUUGGCAACAACAUGAUAUUCAAGAAUUGUGUCGCGUCAUGUUCGACGCCUUGGAGCACAGAUUCAAAAACACCAAACAGGCCAAUCUCAUCUCGAAUUUGUACGAGGGCAAAAUGAUUGACUAUGUCAAGUGUCUGGAAUGCAAUACGGAGAAGACACGUGGCGAUACCUUCUUAGAUAUACCACUGCCGGUUAAACCGUUUGGCAGCCAAGUCGCCUACGGCAGCAUUGAGGAGGCUUUGAGUGCAUUUGUUCAACCUGAAACGUUGGAUGGCAAUAAUCAAUAUUUCUGUGAGAAGUGUAAUAAGAAGUGCGAUGCUCACAAGGGUUUGAAAUUUAAAAAUUUCCCCUACAUAUUAACUUUGCAUUUGAAGAGAUUCGAUUUUGACUAUACCACCAUGUAUCGCAUAAAGCUAAAUGAUAAAGUAACCUUUCCUCAGGUUUUGAAUUUGAAUACAUUCAUUGAGUCCAGCGAAUCUGAUGGAGCGGCAGCAGCAGCAGCCAUCAAUUCGAAUGGCAUCGAUGAUUGCAGCACCACCGACAGUGGUUCGGCCAUGGAAGAGGAUAAUUGGAGCAGCGGAGUGGCCACCACAGCCAGUUCGAUAACACAGAAUGAGAACGACAUUAAUGAGGACGAUCUUGAUGAUGGCAUUGACAUGCACUCCAACACUGAGCACAGAAAUCGCGAAAAUAGCGAACAAAAUAUCAAAGAACAUUUGGGCCCGUACACUUAUGAACUGUUUGCCAUUAUGAUACAUUCGGGUAGUGCAUCUGGUGGUCAUUAUUAUGCCUAUAUCAAAGAGCUGGAUAACAACGAGUGGUUCUGUUUCAAUGAUCAAACUGUGUCACCGAUUACGCAAGAGGAUAUACAAAAAUCAUUUGGCGGUGGCAUAAGUAAGGCCUACUACUCAAGCGUUUAUAGCUCUAGCACGAAUGCGUACAUGCUGAUGUAUCGACAAAUCGAUGAGAAACGCAACGAAAAGUCCAUGAAAGCUGCCGAAUUCCCCGAGCACAUAACAAAGCAUCUGGAAAAGCUGAAGGAGGAGGAAGAGACACGGGUUACUCGCAGCAGUCUACGCCAUCGUCCCAUAGCAGACAUAUCGCUCAAUGAGCAAAUUAAGCCACGAGUUUAUUUCUACAAUCCGCAGUUGAAGAAGCUAAAGAUGACUCGGGUAUAUGCAACGCAAAAUUUGGAUUUGAAUGCCGUUUUAAAGACGGCAUAUGAAAUGUUGGGCGUUCAAGAUUUCGCUUCUCAGUCUCACUGCCGUCUGGUAGGCUAUGAGCCAGCAGCCGAGAAAAUUAUUCGCUCAUUUGAGAAUGAGAAAACGCUGUCGCUAACCGAUAUUCGAAGCAAUAGUGAGGAUCCUAUUGAGUUUCUGCUGGAAUAUCGUAAGGACGAUCAGGAAUUCGAAAUCUAUGAGCCAGGUGGUGCUACAUGGUAUGUGUUCACGGUCAAAUUGUCCACCAUGGAAAUGGAUGGGCCAUACUUUGUCUACUCGAAGACCUUUGAGAACAACGACACCUUGAAGCAUUCGAUAGCCAUGCGUUUGAAUCUGAAGGAAGAUCGCUUGAUGGUGGCCACCACACAGCGUUAUAAGAAAGCAUUUGUUACCGAUGACGUAACGCCCUCAAAGGAAGCCCAACAACGUUUGGAGGAAUUGGCCCGUUCCCAAUUUAAGGAUGUCACAUAUAUGUAUGUCAAUGUGCCAAAUACUGAUGCAACAAAUUUGGAAAUUUGUGGCAUACCCACUGGCGAAAUGAUGGCUGAACAAGCAGCAGCAGCAGCAGCAACAGGAGAUGGCACACUCAAUGAUCACAUAAACGCCGCAACCAAUGGCAACAAACUCACCAAUGGUUUCCAUCAUGAGUGCAAUUCCGAGGAUAGCAGUUUAAGUGAUGGCGAUCGCACCCUAGUCGAAAACCUGCAUCAGCGAAGUAGUGGUGCAGCAGGUGCAUCUGGCGGCGGCGACAGUCAAAUCUCUAGUACUAGUCACUCCCCCCAAUUGUCCAGUCCCGAGGAUGAGAAUAACCAAGAGUCCAUAAAUCGCAUCAAUGCCUUCUACAAUGGCUAUUCGCAUGGCGAUUGUGACUCAUCUACAGAUGUGUUUAAUCAGAUACCAAGAUUUUUCCAUGCCAUCAAGCUAGAGGUCAUGGACACCGUCACACUCUCCAGCCGCCAUCAAUAUUCCGAUUCAACAGAUGGUGCCGAAGAGAUUGCCCGCAAGCCAGUUGUGUCUUAUAAGAUUCUCGUGGAUUCGCAUAUGAAGCUAUCCAAAUUCAAGCAACAUCUAGCACACCUCAUCCAAGUUCCAGAGCAUUAUUUUGAGAUCAAUCGCAAGCAUGACAAAAGUCUCAAGAGCCUUAUGAACCAAUCGCUGGUGUAUUUCAGUGAGGGCGAAGCGCUGUCUGUGGAAUUGGGCAAGGAACUGCAGGCGGACGAGCACAGAGCUAAAAUAUAUUUUAUACGCUUGUCCGAAAUGAACAAUGAAACGGGCAGAUUGCCGUGCGUGUGUGAGUGGGUAUACAACGACGCCAUGACGGUGCCGUCAGCCAAAGCUUCCCUAAUUGGCAAAUUGCAACGCAUCGAUGCCGCAAAAUACAAAUCAUUGAGCAUGGAAAACUGCCGACUGUGGCUUAAGGGUGGACGUAGUCCUAUCAAAAUCUUCUCCGAUGAAGAUUCUCUUGGUGGUGAAUUAAGACCAUCAUCGGCCGUGGAGUUCAUUGUGCAAGAGUGUGAGGGGGAUGUGAAACCACAAGUCAAUGAUAGCAGUUUAACGAUAUUUGUACGCCAUUGGCACCCGGAUACCUUGACCUUGGACAAAUUUGAAGAAAUAACGUUGGAGAGGGAUGGCGAAAUACGUAGUGCUCUGUCCAAACUCUCCAAUAUACCUGCAGAAAAUAUUUCCUAUACCAGAGUUAAUGGUCAUUUUCCCUACACAAAUGUUUCCCUGCUCACCAUUAACAGUGCAAUGAGCUGGUUCAGCGUACCUGCUACUUUAGAAAAUUAUCCCUUGUCCAGCACGGUCAGUGGCAAUUUGUAUUUCUACAUGGAUUCAACUGUAGAAGCCAAGGAACUCACACCCGAAGAGCGCAGAGAGAUGAAUGCCAAGGAAAAGACCAGAUUAGACAGUUUAGGUGGCAGUGGUGUUUCAAUCUCUCGCUACUCACGUCGCCAAGAGCGUGCGUUAAAAAUUUACUUGGAUAGUCCAACAACAACGGCAUCACCUCCGGUCGAUGCCAACAGCUCAAUGGCGGAUGACUAAAGACGACGCAUGGACAUGUCUAUAGUCUGGCAUAGAGUGAGAGAGAGAGAGAGAGACGAUUAUGACGCAGGUGGCGUGAUAAAGCUCAUAUUAAAACUCUAUCUUCAUUUUGAAUGCAUAAGCGGGCACAAAUGAAGCUGGAGCUGGAGCGUGAUAUGAGAUUUUAACAAAAAAAAAACAAAACAA